CACAUAUGUACGUAAAUGUAUCGGUAAAGUAAUUUUUAAUUUUUCACAAAUUUCGUACAAUUAGUCUGCAAAAUUGUAAUUCAAGCAACUAGAUACACCAGCGAGUGUUUGUGUGUGUGUGCGUGUGUAGCGAGCUGAAGAUGGCAACGGCCGAGCAGCUCGUUGCAGCCGCACUUCAAGGGGCCGCAAAUCCCGAUCACGAAAUUGUGCAAACAGCAGAAGCACAGCUGCGCGAAUGGGAGAGCCAGCCCGGCUUCUUUCCGAUACUGGCCAGGCUAAGCAUGAAAAUGCCAAGCGAAGCUGACAGCGUCAACGCAACGCUUGCCAAUGCGGAUCCUGUGAAAAUACGCUGGAUGGCUGCAGUGUAUUUGAAGAACGGCGUGGAGCGCUACUGGCGUCACAACUCACGCCAAGAGCUGACGCCCGAGCAGAAGCAGCAGAUACGCAAUUUGCUGCUGCAGCACUACGACUCCGAAGAUGUGCCUCAGGUAGCGCUCCAAAUCGCCGUGUUGUUGAGUAAAAUCGCUCGCAUCGAUAGCUGGCCGGAGCUGCUGCCCACGCUAAUGAAGCAGCUGCAAACGUGCGUGGACAACGGCGACAGCGCUGUGUCGCAGCAACAGCGCACGCUAGUCAUGCUGCACUACGUAAUCAAGUCGCUUGCCUCGCGUCGCAUGAUGGCCGAGAAACGCGCCUUUGAGGAGCUGACCUCCCAGAUCUUCAGCUAUCUAGCCUGGGAUAUUUGGGCGCCACUCACUGCGCGCUUCAUCGAGCUACUCAAGACCAAGCCGGAGGCACAGGCGCAGGCCCACAGCUGUCUGCAACGCGCGCACAUUGUCAUGCGAUCGCUACGCAAGCUCGUGGUCUUUGGCUGCGGCGGCAAGCCGUACAAGUCGCACGACUAUAUGAAUUUCAUCGAGCAGCUUUUCGAGCGGCUGCGUCAGUGCCUUGAGCUGCGCUACGACCUGCGUGCGCGUCAGGCGGGCGAGCAGUUGAUACGCGAUGUGGAGAACUUUAUACUGAAGAUGAUAAAGACGCUGAACGAGUUUAUGGAACGGCACGCCUUGUCCUUUGCACGCUUUGUCUCCAUGGCGCUGGAGUUUAGCUUCCACUAUGUGUUCCACGAUGGCACGGCCCUAAUCUACGAUUCCGGCGAAUGCAUCAACUUUAGCAAUUUUGUAAUACAAGCAAUAAAUCUGCUCAAGGGCAUUAUGAUGAGCGGCAACGACAGCAUAGCGCCGGAUGACUCCAACGCUUCGCUGGAGGACGCGCUGCAGGCCGAGUCCAAUAGCGCGCAGAGCAAGUUCUUCAGCGUGGAGCGUGUGGCGUAUCUGUGUGAGAAAAUUGUCACACAUUAUUUUCUGCUAACGCCCGAGGAGCUGGCGGAGUGGCAGAACGAUCCCGAAGGCUAUGGCCAGGAUGGCGGCGGCGAUGCCUGGAAGUAUGAGCUGCGUCCCUGCGUGGAGACGCUCUACUUCACCUGCUUCACCCAGCACUCCAGCACCAUGAUCAACGAGGUGCUCAAGUUUGUGCGUCGCGCCCAGCAGCUGCAGCUCUCGGCGGAGUCUGAACUGAAGGCCAUACUGCUGAAGGAUGCCAUCUACAAUGCCGUUGGCCAGGCUUCCUUUCACUUCUUCAACAAGCUGGACACCAGCAGCUGGCUGACCUCACAGCUGCUCGCAGAGCUGCGCAUUGAGGCGCCCAACUUUCGCAUCUUGCGUCGUCGCAUCAUUUGGCUGGUGGGCAACUGGGUGGGCGUGCAGCUGCCACGCGAACUGCGUCCGCUCUCCUACGAAGCUUGCCUGCAUCUGCUGCGUCCCACGGAGGACAUGCCCAUACGUCUGGCCGCGGCGCGUACGCUGAAUCUGCUGAUUGACGACUUUGAGUUCAUGCCGGAAGCAUUUCAUCCUUACUUUUCACCUCUAUUCGAGGCGCUGUUCUUGCUGCUGCGCGAGUCCAGCGCCUGCGAUACAAAGAUUGUGGUGCUGGGCACCAUGACGCUGCUGGUGGAGAAGAUGAGCGAGUUUAUAGAGCCGCAGGCGCUGCAGUUCAUCGCGUACUUGCCACUGCUCUGGCGUGAGAGCGAGGAGUCGGAGUACAACAUGCUGCGUUGCGCCAUCAUUGGCACGCUGGAGCAGCUGGUGCGCACCAUACGCGAUGUGCCCGAGAGCAUGAAGCCGUUCCUCUACAGCGUCAUUGAGCUUAGCACGGAUUUAAAGCAAGACUCGUACGUUUAUCUCAUAGAGGAUGGCAUCAUGCUCUGGCUGGCGGUCAUUGGCAACUCCACAGCGCUAACACCCGAGCUGCUGACGCUCUGCGAUCAUCUGCUGCCCAUCAUAGAGAUGUCCUCCGAGAAUCUGCGCACAGUGCUGCAGCUGAUACACGCCUACAUCCUGCUGGACGCCAAUGCCUAUCUCAGUCGCUAUGGCGAGGGCUUUGUCUCCUACUGCGUGCGCACGUUCGAGGACAUACGCGUCGAGGGCAUCAUUGCCAUGCUGCGCAUCUUUGAGACUUGCCUCAAAACGGACGCCAACAUGGGCUUGCGCCUGGUGCGUCCUGCGCUGCCGUUUGUCUUCCAGCAGGUCUGUCUCAAGCAGGACUAUCCCAUGACCAUGAGCUGGCACCUCACGCUGCUGGCACGCACGCUGCUCAUUGAUCAGGCGGUGUUCAUGUCCGUGGUGCAGGAGUUGCCGCAAACCGAUGCCCUGGAGCGCAUAUUGGAUGUGUGGAUUGAAAUGUUUCCACUCGUGGCCGAUACGCAUGCGGAGAAGCGCAAGCUCUUCUGCCUGGCGUUCGCCUCCAUAUUCGGUGACAAUGAUUUGCUGCUGGCGCGACUCCCAGUCAUACUGCAGCUGGUUGAAGAGACGCUCGCCGAGGUCAUGGACAAGCAGUACGCGGCCAGCGAGGAGGGCGCUGACAAGGCCACGCCACGCUACUAUGACUCGCUGGUCAUACACGAUGAGCACGAGCUGGAGGACUUUCAGCCGCAGCUGUAUGACGACUUUCACUCGAAGACCUACCACGACGAUCGCCAUCGCCAGCUGGUGCUGAAGGAUCCCGUUUACAAAAUACCGCUCACCGAAUACCUCAAGUGGCAGCUGCAGAGCAUGCAAUCGCAACUGGGCGCCGCGCGCUAUGAGCAGCUGAUGCGCGGCGUGUGCCCCGAGGUGCUGGAGAAGAUCAACAUGUAUAUAGAGCAGACGGUGCCCAAGGCGUGCGUCGUCUGCGCCGGCGGCAGUGGCGAUGACGGCGAGCAGACCGAUUCCAGCAACCAUUUAACGCUCGACUGAUGCCGCCGGCACACAGUGGCGUCCAGCUCCAGUCCUCCCCCCCAGUCACUACAACCAAGCGCUGGAGCCGUUUAUUGCUGUGCUUCAAAAGCUUUCUAUACUCUAAGUUAUUAACGUAUUUUGUA